AUGGCUGUUGGCAAGAACAAGAGAUUGUCCAAGGGCAAGAAGGGUCUCAAGAAGAAGACCGUCGACCCCUUCUCCCGCAAGGACUGGUACGGCAUCAAGGCUCCUGCGCCUUUCAACGUCCGAGAUGUCGGCAAGACUCUUGUCAACCGGACCACCGGUCUCAAGAACGCCAACGACUCCCUGAAGGGCCGUAUCGUUGAGGUGUCCCUGGCCGACCUGCAGAAGGAUGAGGACCACGCCUUCCGCAAGAUCAAGCUCCGAAUCGACGAGGUUCAGGGCAAGAACUGCCUGACCAACUUCCACGGUCUCGACUUCACAUCCGACAAGCUCCGGUCGCUCGUCCGCAAGUGGCAAUCCCUGAUCGAGGCCAACGUCACGGUCAAGACCACCGACGACUACCUCCUCCGCCUGUUCGCCAUUGCUUUCACCAAGCGCCGACCCAACCAGAUCAAGAAGACCACCUACGCUGCUUCUUCCCAGAUCCGUGCCAUCCGACGAAAGAUGACCGAGAUCAUCACCCGUGAGGCCGGCAGCUGCACCCUGCAGCAGCUGACCAACAAGCUCAUCCCCGAGGUCAUCGGCCGUGAGAUCGAGAAGGCUACCCAGGGCAUCUACCCUCUCCAAAACGUCCACAUCCGCAAGGUUAAGCUGCUCAAGCAGCCCAAGUUCGACCUCGGUACCCUGAUGGCCCUUCACGGCGAGUCAACCACGGAUGAGCAGGGCCAGAAGGUUGAGCGGGAGUUCAAGGAGCGCGUUCUCGAGGAGGUGUAA